AAAAGAAGAAGAGAGAAACUGCGCUGGUUUAAAACUGUGUUGCCCGGAUAGUGACCGCGACACGUAGGUGGAAAUGGAAAGAAGCUUAGCCCGUAAUCCCAAAAGUGUAGCUCAAGAUUGAGAUUUUGCUGCAAAACCCUAAUUCAUCAUGUCUCCCCGAGACUCCGAUUCCAAGCGUCGCCAUUCUAACUUCGAUCGACGAGAACCAAGCCCCAAGAGAUAUAGAAGAGAUAGAGAUAGAGAAAGAGAAAAAGAAAGGGAGAGAGUGACCACAAAUGAUGGAGGAGGAAGAGGAGGAGAUCAUAAAAAGAGAAACCUAACACUGCCACACCAUUCUAAGCAAGAUCCUAACGAUGCUUCUACCAAGAAAUCAAAUCCAAAUGAUCACUCUGACCCGUCCAAACAUUUGUCUCAACCACCAAGAUCUCGCUCUUAUUAUCAGCAUGAUGAACGGGACAUUAAUGUGCAAGUCGGUCGAAACACUGGUCAAAGGGAAGCUGGUGGAAAAGCCUAUACUCAAAGUAAAGAGAAUAAUCAACGGGUGGAAACAAGUCAGAGUAGAGAACCAAGAGAUGAGAAAUCACGGGCUAAACUGCAUGAUAAUUUUCAGAGAAGAGACAGUUUUCCAGAAAGGAAAGACAAUCCAACACCUUCUAUAAGGAAAAGGCCAGCAUUUAGGGAGAAGAAGAUUCCAGUGGAUUCAGGAGAGGCUAAUCCAGCUGCGACGGUGACAGUAAAGUCAAGCCAUACUGACCACCCUCCAGAAAGGAAUGAAAGGAAGGAGGAAAGAAGCAGCAACCCUAACCAUCUGGGUAGACCUGAGAAGCAAAUUGCAGAGGACAGGGUACCCAACAAGAUAGAAGCUAGGAGGGAUGCCUUUUCAUCAAGAGUAAGGUACGGGGAAAGUGUCAGCAAUAGCAAUUACAGAGGAAGGGAUAAAUUUAAUGGAAGACAGGGUAUUCCUCCUAUUAAGACUCGAACAGAGAAAUGGAAACAUGAUUUAUAUCAAGAGGUUAACAAGGAUCCCAUUGCAAAGAAUGAGGAUGAUCAGAUUGCAAAGCUGGAAGCACUCUUGGCUUCAUAAUAUCGAACUGUAGCCAGUAUUUGGUAAAGUUUGUUAUGGUUGUUUUCAGAAAUCAUUAUUUUAACACGUAGCAUGUUGGACAAUUUCCAGAGAUUACCAAUUUUAAUUUUUUUGUCUAUCUUUCUAGUUUACUUGUUUUAGUUUUAUGGCAUGUGUUGCACUUGAGCUGCCAAAUCGCUUAUUAUGAUAUAUCAAGUCAUUGCUAAA